UCAGUCUUUCUCUUUGGGCUCUUUACCACAGGAAACCGAUCGUUUUAAAUCCCCUUACACACACCUGGAAUUAACCUGAGAAGAUUACAGGUAUACAUGGUACAUAAGAAAGCCUAGAACGGCAGACGUCUAUCUUUAAGGUGUGUAAACGCAACACUAUAAUCCAAACCCAGAGGGGUUUGACAGGGCCGGGGCCCGGUGGCUCCCUGUCCCUCAGAGGAAGGAUGUGGAGGCUGACGCAGCCACGGCCCCAGCGCAAAGGGGACCGCUGCCUCACACCGUCCCUCGCGUCCGCCGCCUAACGGUCGCCGCCUAACGGCCACAGGAGCGCAGGGCUCCGGCGUCCCGCCCCGACGCGCUCAUGCAGCCUUGAGGGGAUCCGAGGCUGCCGCCGCCUUGUUUUCUCUUUUGUGUUCGUCCCUUACUUUCUAGUCACUGCCUCACGCGUGCCCGUCACUCGUUUGGGGUUAAAGCAGGGCCGACGUGAGGGCUGGGGAGUCCCCGGAAGUGUUUGCUCUAGCACGGGACGGGGCGUGAGAGAACAACCUUAGUACAUCAUGAGAUCCAACAGUAACUGCAAAGCCAGUCUACAGCCUUUGGAUGAGUAGAAAAACUGUUGGGAGUGUUGGAGUACGUUUCAAGAUGUGCUCCUUGACCAUUGUGAACCACAGGCACUCUUCCUAUAAAGCUUGAAACUCAGUAUGCACUUGAUUCUGAGGUUGAAAACCACUAAAACAAUUUUGGGGGGAUCUGAAAGCCAUUGUCCCAGCUGCACAAUGGAAGGUGUUCAAGCCAAAAUUUACAGAUCUUGAGCUGAGACAGAACUCUACCAGAAAAGGAUGACAUGUUCUCUCCUGAUGUCCAGAUGGAAGUCAGGCAUGACUGGCUUUCCUCAUCCCCCCAUGAGGGCUUCGAGCAGAUGAGGCUGAAGAGCAGACCCAGGGAGCCGUCGCCGAGCCUCACGAGAGUAGGUGCAAACUUCUACAGCACCGUCAAGCAGCAGGACUACAGUGCCAGCGUCUGGCUGAGGAGGAAAGACAAACUGGAGCACUCUCAGCAAAGAUGCAUUGUGAUCUUUGCACUGGUAUGCUGCUUUGCAAUUCUGGUUGCACUGAUAUUUUCGGCAGUGGAUAUUAUGGGAGAAGAUGAGGAUGGACUCUCAGAAAAGAACUGUCAAAAUAACUGUCGGGUUGCUCUUGUGGAAAAUAUUCCUGAAGGGAUCAACUAUUCAGACAGUGCACCAUCUCAUUUGUCUCUUUUCCAAGGCUGGAUGAAUUUGCUAAAUAUGGCUGAAAAGUCUGUUGACAUAGUAUCUUCCCAGUGGGACCUCAAUCACAGUCAUCCAUCAGCAUGCCAGGGUCAGCGUCUUUUUGAAAAAUUGCUUGAACUGGCAUCCCGAAAUAUUGAGAUAAAACUAGUGAGCGAUAUCCUGCCCGUGGAAUCGAAAGUAUUAAAUGACUUGAAAACAAAGGGUGCUGAAGUGCUGUAUAUGAACAUGUCAGCAUAUAAUGAAGGUCGCCUUCAGUCAUCUUUCUGGAUUGUUGAUAAACAGCAUGUGUACAUUGGGAGUGCCAGCCUAGACUGGAGAUCACUGGGACAGAUGAAGGAACUUGGCGUCAUCGUAUACAACUGCAGCUGCCUCGUCCUGGAUUUACAAAGGAUAUUUGCCCUGUACAGUUCAUUAAAAUACAAGAAUAACAUACCUCCAAGUUGGUCUAAGAGACUAUAUGGAGUGUACGAUACUCAGAAUAAACUGACACUGCAGCUGAAUGAGACUAAAUCAGAAGCUUUUGUGUCGAAUUCACCUAAACUCUUCUGCCCAAAGGACAGAGUCCUGGAUAUCGAAGCUAUAUACAAUGUUAUCGAUGAUGCGAAACAGUUUGUGUACAUAGCUGUCAUGGACUACCUUCCGAUCGUCAUCGACACAAAUGCUAAACGAUACUGGCCAUAUUUAGAUGGGAAGAUACGAGAAGCUUUAGUUUUACGAAGUAUUAAAGUUCGACUUCUCAUAAGUUUCUCAAGAGACACAGAUCCCCUUACUUUUAACUUUGUUUCAUCUCUCAAAGCUAUUUGCACUGAAGUUCCAAGCUGUAGUUUGAAAGUUAAAUUCUUUGACCUUGAAGAAGAGAAUGCAUGCUUUCUUAAAGAACAGAAGAACACUUCCCUUCCCAAACUAAACCGUAACAAAUAGGUGACUGAUGGAGCUGCAUACAUUGGUAAUUUUGAUUGGGGGAAUGCAUUUACGCAGAACGCUGGAGCGGGCCUUGUUAUCAACCAAGCAGACGCGGGGAACAGCACAAGCAUCAUAAAGCAACUCAAGGCUGUUUUUGAAAGAGACUGGUAUUCACAUUAUGCCAAAAGUUUACAACCAACAAAAAUCCCAAACUGCUUUAAUCACAAACUUAAUAAAGCAACAUCAAAUAAGACUGCCAUGAGCAAUGUGAAUUAGAAAGACUAUUUUACUGUUUAGUACAACAAUGAAAAUUACAUUGGGUGUAGCCCUCUUUCAUAUUUACAGACAAAAGACUUAAAAAGGCAAAAAAAAAAAAAAGGUUGGUUGGGGGGUGUUUUUAGGAAAAAGCACACUUAUAUAAACUAUCUAAACUAUAUUCUCUAUAUUAAGACUUUCAAAUUUGUUACUUCUGACACUGAAUGUCAAUUUUUGCUUCCAUGUUAAUUUUAACAUUCCUCAUUUGAACUUAACAGAAACAGAAGAAUUGAUUGAGGCUGUUUUCAGAUUUUCACUAAUUGCCAUCCUGGCUAGAAUGAACCCUUGGCAGAACUAAGAUCCUAGCUAUGAAAUGGCAUUCCAAGAUCAGUUAUUGACAUACAAGUAGAUGGUAGGUUUACCCUAUUAGAAAAGAUAGAAGAAUAAGCAAAUAUUCACCUAUAGAAAUCAUCCCCUUUAAAUAAAUAUCUAGUCGUGUUAGUCUUUUCUAGUUUUGAACAUUUAUUUAAAGUAUCAUCUUUUCUAAAUAGCCUUAAAAUACAUUACAGUUAUGGUACUGGUAAUUCAUCUCCUAAGAGAAUGAGAAGGUUUUCAGGGACUGGUGUUAGCCUAAUCAAAUUCAUGAUAAUCCCUAAAACCUCUCAGCUAAAUAAAUUUUCAUCAAAGUAAUAUGGAUUCAUUUCAACGUAACAGUUAUUUCUAAUUAUAGUAUUAUCUAACAAUGUACAUCUGCGUAUUGAAAGCAAAGAACUAGAGAUUGCAAGAAAAAUCAGUUCAAGAACAAAUUUUCCCUAAGGUAAAAGUUUGUCAAGUGUAAAGAAUAAAAAAAAAAAAAAAUCAAAUAUUACUUUUUGGGAAAGUCAAGGGUUGUGCAAAAUUAUGCAAAAAUUGUUGUUAAAUGAUAAUAUAUUCAUUUUCACACAUUUUUUCUUUCCUGUCACUUAAACAAAAUUGCAAAAUGGCUUUUUUUAAACGUUGUCCCCAUAAGCGAAUACAUCAGCAUAAACUGAACCAUGAGGCCUUCAUUUGGGCCACAGUUUCAGUUGGUAUUAACAGGCACCUCUACAAACAUGACUUUGCCCUGAGAUGCAACUGUCUGUAAAAGUGUGAAUUUGCUCUUUAAAAAGAUUCUUUUCCAGAACUGUAUUAGCUUGGUUUCUUAAUGAAAAUGUUUCAUUACUAUCCUGCUUCUGCUGAAGAAAACAGCCAUGAAAGCAAACUGCAUUCUCCAUUUUGUUAAUAAUUCAUGUAACUAUUUCCAAAUGCAGACUGUUUUCACCCGGCUGUAUAUUACAGAAGGCAUGCUUUGAAAGCAGUGGGUUAAGAGAUACCAAAACCAAAAAUGUCCCAAUGGAUUAUUUUAAUCUUAAGACCAAGUUAAAAAGCCACCUUGACUUUUAAAAUACAAGUUUCAUUUGAAAAGUUAAAAAAAAAAGUCAGUUUUGUUUAAAAGUAAGCACAGUUUAGAAAAUUAUGAAAAGGCAAUGUAUGCACAACUUCAAAAUACUACUUUGCCAGCAAGAGAUAGAGACACACCAUGAAACUGGUUAGGACUGCAAAAGGCACACUUUUAACAAACACUGUGUUUCUUUUGCAAUUUCCCAGAUAUAUCAUCUUACUGGAAAGCAUGAAAAAAAAAUUAGUUGUCAAUUUUUACAGAAAAGAUUCUGCACAGCUCUAAUGUUGAAGAACAUUUGAUAAUAUUCCGAUAAACCCAUGCAAUUUAUUAGACUUCCCUCCUGCAGGAAAACAUAUAUUCUGACAUUUGUAUAAGAAACAAAAAACAAAUCUGAAAAGAAAAAGGUUACCUGAGUCGCUUUAAAGGAGAGAUCUUUGGAAAGAGAAAAUUUUGUAUUUUCUUUCUUCUGUAUAUAACUUUAGUAUACGUAUUGCAAGAAUGAUAGAGAUCCCCAGCACAAAAUCUAGGGUGUUUUUUUUAUUAUUAUAAUUAAGAUACAUCCAGAUUCAUUUCUGGUCAAACUCUUAACCAAUUUCAGCCAUUGGUUACAUCACCAAUGAAUUUAGUCUUUGGAGUCAAUGCAAAAAAAGGGGGCGGGGGGGUUAAAAACUGCUUAAGAUAGUUUUAAAUUUUCUGAGAGAUCAGAAAUGGUCCCCAUGGAUAGGUGAUCUUAAAGCUCGAGAUAAAUUUACUACCAUGUUUUCACUAAGAUAAAAAAAAAAAAGACACCCCCCCCCCCUUUUCAGAGUUGUUAGUUGUAGCACCUGAUGGCAACAAUAUACAAGAAGAAUCAAUGUGAUAUUUUUCCCUCUUGUAUUAUCGAUAUUAGAAAUGUGUUAAGUUUUUGAAAUGACAUUUUUGUACAAGUAAUGAAGAAUCUCAGUGCAACAGAAAUUUGUAAAAUGCUAAAGGUAAUGUCUUUUUUCUAAAUAGUAUUUAGUGAUAAGAUCAGACUGUGGACUUACCACUGACCUUCUGUUUAGUAUAGCAAAUGAACGAUUCAGAUAUAGUAGUUUCAUUGAACUGAUCCUAGGGAAAUGCAAUCAAACAUUAACUGAGGCCCUCAGUUAACAACUGCAUUCCUAUUGACUUGAUGAACAAAUUCUGGUGCUUCAAUGACACCCCCCCUCCCCCCAAAAAGCUGAUACAUAAAAGUACUUUUUAAAAGAAGUAGUAUAUUGUUUUUAUGAUGGAAUGGUCGGGGUAUUUCUGAGCAACUUUAAUGAGAAAUAGUGGUCAGCCAUCCUACAGCCGGACUGGCAGGCUCAAAUUUAAUUUCGUAUAACAUAUGGAUUGCUAUUUUAAUAGCUAUUUACAAUGGCAGCAGCUCCAAAGUAGUACAGAAGGCUUUGGUCUGUUACAUUAGCCAACAGACAAAGUGCAUCCUUGGACUUCAGCAAGUUGGAAAUUAAUGAAAAAAACAAAAAAGCAGAUUCUUUUUUAAAAUCUGUUACAGCCAAUUAUUUCUUUUAGGUUACCAUUGUUCCCGUUUAACUAGAUUUGCUACAGCAGCCUCAAUUCUGGCUUUAGCUUCUUCUGUCAAUGUAAAUAAAUCUGUAGCAAAUCCAUUACAGUUAUUUCACGUUGGUUUAGCAGGGAUCAGUCUAGACCAGUUUCCUCUUGCUUUAGUUCUUCUGAAUAUCACCAUUGCACAGCAAAUUUCCAACCUUAACAGGAAUUUGCAUUCCGUAGUUUCUCACAGUCCUCACAGGCAUAAAAUCCAAAAGAUGCACUUUCUCUAACCCCCUUCUAACUGGUAUUGGUAACUCUGUCAUAUUAAAGACAAUUUCCUAAACAGAACGGCUUUAUUCUUAAAGAAUACAGACUGUAAUUGUUGUUUGCUGCAAACAUUUACUAGUGCCUUAUUCAUAGAAGUUUUUGUUUAACUGUUCCUCACGUGAAGUCCUGCUAACAUCUUAUAUCUAGUACUGAAAGGUAUACAGCAAGCUUCCUAAGAAAGAAGACUACACAUUGUGAUGUUUACAGAUUAGUACAUAAAUCUAGAGUCACAAAAAACAAACGUGAUGUGUUGGUCCAAACCACAAGCACUUAAACCCAAGCAUUUUUAUCCAAGCGCAGUUCUAAAACUUACUUCACAAAUUACUCCUGCCUUUAUCAUCAACUAAUCCACAUCAUGACUGAAGCAGUCUGUCCUGCCAAGGUGUAAAAAUAAAUAAAAUCUGAAUUCUCCCAACACCUGGCUGACAGCAAAAGAAUCACCACAGAAAUUCCUUUCAGCCAAGGGUGAAGCCCAAAUCUCAUACAGUGGUUACUAUACAAAUCUCACACGUUAUGCCUCAAGCUGUUUUGGGCAGGCUACUACUUUUUUCUGUCUCUUGCAUGUGCUCUUAUUUACCAUGCUGCAAGCCAAACAACAAACAGGUAUUUGGGGCUUUGCUGUUGGGAGUCUUUUUGGUGGUAGGGGAAGGGUGGUGUUCUUUAGUCUUUAACACAGGGAAAAAAAAGAGGCAAUAGAGUGGGCAUAAAAUUUAAGCAUUCCCCUUAACUAGUAUCUGCAGCUACUUUCGCUUUCUCUGCAAAGAACAGAGAAGCAGCAUGAUGUGCCAUGACACAACGGCCAUAACUGUAACCUAACAGGAAUGGACUUAAGUUUUUGUCUUUCUUUGUUCUUUCUCCUCAGCAUUUUUUUUUCUAAGAAAGGCAUAUUUCAAUGUGGGGUCUUGCUGCUGUACAACAAGGUUUACAGGACCCUAUUCCUUUCAGCAAAUCCAGGCUCUAGAGAUCGUUCAGGGGAAAGCAGAUAAGAAUAAAGUAAAUAAAAAUGCUCAGAAUGCUACUUUCAAGACCUACCUGUUACUUGCAUUCCUACUAGCUACCUAAAUUCUUUCUACUACUUUUUGUUGAGUUUUACAUAGAUAAAAACUGAACUAAGCUCUGUGUGAAUGCUACCUGCCAUUUAACCCUGAGGAGAAAUCCAGAGAAUUUCUAUGUUGAUUUUUUUUUUUGUGACUUUAGUGUGUACUUACUGAAAAAUAGCACAGACUUUCUGAGUAAGAUGGUAACACAUCAGCUGGCUAUUCCAGAUUUUCAAACUGAAGUCAUUUAUAAAUAUCUUCCUCCUGAAUAUCAUGCACUUGACUCCUGAGACUGGCCUUAUAGAGAGCUCUAAGACAUCUUAACCAUUCUGGACUUCAAAAUUAACCCUUCAUUUUAACACAAAAACACUAACAACAUAUUAAUAUGUUCCCAGAGAGCACUGGCACUGUUUUACUUCCAAUCCUAGCCUUUUUAUACAUAUAUAUUCAUGGUUUUUCAAUCACAAUCCAAUCCAUGUAAAAAGAAUGGAUCCUUGGUAAUUUUAAAUUCACAGUGAUACCUGCCUGAGGUAAACACGAGUAAAUAUUCCACUUUUAACACUUGCACACUAUAGAAGCUCAGAUGAUACUUUAGAGGGAUUGCUUUCUUAGCUGUAAUUUUUCCACUACAAAUACUGCUGGACAUUACUUACAAAUUUUUCAGUGUUGAAUCAGCUUGCUCUUGCAUCAUCAUGUUGCACAAAUGCCUUAGAAGCUUGCCAAACUAGCAUGUAGAAAAGACCUCAUCCAAAACAGUUUAGACAAGGGAAGAACUCACAUGCUUUACACUGAGCAGAUGCUGAAGUCAGUAGAUGAACCUGAGAGAGCUGCACAAUUAUCUUGAGAUUGGGAAUUUACAAAGAAACAGAACAAGGAAUCUAGCUGUACUGAGCAGUUCCAACAGGAUAACUUAAUUUGGUUUUUCAUGGAAACAUGUUUUUAUUUCACUUCAAUACGCUGUAACUGCAACAAUACACUAAGGUUAGUGGUUUUGUUUUUUUAAAUUCAAAAUAUAUUUGUAGGACAAAAAUUAAGCCACUGUGGCCUAUUGCUGAAUACCUUGUUAAAAUUAAGAUUUUUAACAGUGCAAUGCAAUUCUAGCUGUGAGUUAUUCUACCACAGUCAAUGGACUUGGCUGUAUUUUACUCACAACAAAUUCUACACUGGAAUGGUUUAUUCUAAAAAAAAAAAAAUCUUUUUAAUUCUGUAAAAAGAACAUGCUGGUCUUCCCUUUAAUAACAAAAGUACGGUUGAUUGAAGCUAAAAAAAAAAAAACAAAAAAAAACACCACCAUACUCUAGUAAAGUGGACAACUGUAGCAUUCCAGAGGAUUCUUUUGUGCUUAUACUGAAAAGUUCUGGGUUUCAUGGUAACCAAUGUGAAUAAUGCAAAUUAUCUGUAUCAUGAUGAAUUUGCAAGAAUACAUCCUGGGCACUGCAUUGCACAUUGUAAUAGCAGUCCUUCCCUCAACAGCU